CGCCGCCGCCGCUCAGCCAUCCAUCAGAUCAACAGUCCACCCACCUUCUCUGCUCGACCGUAGUUCUUGACUCAUCUAUUGAAAAAAGAUGGCUGAUGCACCUGGACUGGACAAGCAGGCCCUAGCCGCGGCCUUCAACGCGAUCGCUGGGAGUCCCGAGUUCACCAGCAUUAAGGAUCUGAAGCCAAAGACACGCUACGAGAUCCGCUGCAUGACCCGCAUAUCUACCAAGUUCGGCGGGAAGAUCAAAGCAGAACUUAAAGAUCUAGGUGGGGAGAGUCUUUUUGUCGUGAUGCCUACGAGACUGGCUAGGCUUUCUGAUGAGCAGAUUGAUGCUAUUAAUGGUAUGUCUGUUAUUGGACAGGCUCCGUACUUUGUAUAUAACGGGACAACUGAGACGGGAACUUAUGAUGUAGAACUUGUGUUCGAUGAGUAGUUUUUGUCAUU